ACAAAACGACACAAGGGGAAGCAGUUCACAAUUCCGGUCUCCUCCAUGUCGACGUCAUCGCCGGCGAUGGCGCCGCCGUCCCAACCUCCGCCGCCACCGCCGUCGCAGGAGCUCGACCUAGACGCCUUCCUCCCCUCCUCCCCCACCUCCUCCUCAGUCUCGGAACCCGAUGGCGACGGCGCCGCCGAUCACCGCCGCGCCGUCGACGACCUCCUCCUCCUCCUCUCCUCCUCCGACUCCGACACCGACGAGCCGCCCGCUCGACCUAGCCCCAUCGCCCAGCUCAAAACCCUAGCCAGCAUCCGAGCCCCAGCUCCGUCCCCUAAACCUUCGCCUUCCCCAUCCCCUUCGCCCAGGAGAUCCACAUCCGCCUCGCCGUCGGCGACGCUCUCCUCCCUCGUCUCGAGAACCUUCUCGAACAACGCCGCUUCGUCUUCCUCGUCGAAGCCUCUCCCUUCGCUCUUCCGCGGCGUCCGGCCCAGCCCCAAGCCCGGCGCUGCUCUCGCCGCCGCCGCCGCCGCGUCCCGCGCUGUCCUCACCCCCCAUGCCGCUGCCAUCAAGUCCCGGCGUUCCGCCUCCGCGCCCAUCGAGAAGCUUCUAGACGAAGGCUCCGGUUCCGAAGUCUCUGAGGAGUUUCCUUCCGCUGGAAAUUCGGAAGCGGGAGUAGCGGAGAAGACUAAUGCGGAAGGGAAUGCGGAUGUGAGCAAGGAAGCUACCAGUGGGAGUGGUGAUGAAGAAUUGGAAGCGGACAAACAUGGAGAAGAGGUGCGGUUCGAAGAAAAAACUGAGCCCACUGAGUCGGUGGAAGAAGUUGCUGCUGAUUCUGCUGUUGCCGAGAAUAUCAACGAGCAUAAGCAACUUGGAGGUGAAAGUUUGGCAGAAACUGAUCGACCUGCGGAUCAAAUUGGUCUCGAUGAUGAGGAACAUGUAGAUGACCGAACCGCCGAUGAAAAUUUAGUAGAAUUUGGUGAUGUUGAGGAUCUGGUUGGGGCUGCUUGCGAGGAAGAUGUUGAUGAUGAGCAGGAAUCUGAAAGAUCCGAAACCUCUGUGGAAGAGCAUUCGGAAUCUGAGAGCAUUAUUGAUAAGGCAAUCGAAGAGAGGUUGGAGAUUAGCAGGAAAACUGAGAAGAUUGUGGAGAAAAGGCCUAAGUUGUCAAUGAAACCACUGGAGCAGGCGGAGGAGCUUGAGAAGAGGCAGGCUUCUUUCGGGCAGCACUGGGAGGAAGGAGCAGCAGCACAACCCAUGCAUCUGGAGGGGAUUGGAAGGGGCCAACCAGCUAUUGGUUACAUGCAAAUUGAGGUUGACAACCCUAUAACUCGUGCCAUGUCCUCCCAGUCAUUUGGACAGGACCAUGGCUCUCCCCAGGUGAUGACAGUUCAUAAGAGCUAUAUAGCAUUGGGAAUGUCUAAAGGAUCUGUCAUUGUUAUACCAAGCAAAUAUUCCAUCCACCAAGCUGACGAUACAGAUGCAAAGAUGCUUUUCUUUUGGAACCAAGGUGAGAAAACUCAAUCAUCGGUGACUGCCAUGUGCUUCAACCAACAAGGUGAUCUUCUUCUAGUAGGAUACAAUGAUGGCCAUAUGACAAUCUGGGAUGUACAGAAAGGUACAGCUGCAAAAGUUAUAUAUGGUGAGCACACAGCACCCGUAGUGCAUGCUUGCUUUAUCCGCCAAUCUAAAGCCAUCACUGGUGAUUCAAAAGGGCUAGUGCUGUUGCACACAUUUUCCAUUAUUCCAGUAAUCAAUCGCUUGACCAUCAAGGGAACCCAGCGCCUUUUUGACGGAAACACCGGAAUUGUGCUCUCAGCCUGUCCUCUUCUAGUGGAUGAAUCAUUUGGUUCUAGCAACUCUUCUACCCAGGGAAACCUGACAACCUCGUCUGGUGGUGGUCUUAGCAGCAUGAUGGGAGGUGUUGUUGGAGGUGUAGUUGGAGUUGAUUCUGGGUGGAAGUUUUUCAAUGAAGGUUCUUCUCCAAUAGAGGAUGGUGUAGUAGUCAUGUUUAUUAUGCACCAACAUGCUCUUGUGGUUAGGCUCCGUACCAAUAUUGAUCAUGUUGACCAUAUUGAAACCUUCUCUAGACCAGAUGGAGCACGGGAGGGUUCCAUUGCAUAUGCUGCAUGGAAAUACACAACAUCCUCGAGUGAUUCACCAUCAAUUGUUGAAGAACAAGUAUCAUGGCUUGCACUUGCAUGGGAUCGUCAAGUUCAAGUGGCAAAGUUUGUUAAAUCAAAGAUGAUUAAACAUAAAGAAUGGAAGAUUGAUAGUGCAGCGAUUGGUGUUGCCUGGUUAGAUGAUCAAAUGUUGGUUGUACUUAAUUUGCGAGGGCAGCUCUGUUUGUUCUCCAAAGAUAGCAAUGAGCUUCGCAGGACUGUAUUUGUUCUUGAUGGUUAUAUCUUCGAUGAAAGCAUACUAUACCAUACACAUUUUUCUAACAGGUUUGGCAACCCGGAGAAGCAUUUUAACAAUUCGGUAGCAGUAAGAGGUGCUACGGUGUAUAUUCUUGGGCCAAAUUUCCUCACAGUUUCCCGACUUCUUCCAUGGAAGGAGCGGAUUGAAGCACUAAAGAGAGCUGGUGAUUGGAUGGGUGCACUGGACAUGGCUAUGAAACUUUAUGAUGGCCAGACACAGGGUGUUGUUGAUCUCCCGAGAACAGUUGAUUCUAUACGAGAAGCCAUAAUGCCAUAUUUAGUAGAGUUGCUGCUGUCAUAUAUACAUUAUGUAUUUGAAUACAUUUCAAUUGCUUUGUCAAGCCAUACUGGAAAAGGGGGUGCAUCAGAUGGCCUGGUAGAUGCUGAUAGGUCCCUGCUGACACAGAGAGAGGAACAGUAUGCACGUGUAGGGGGGGUUGCAGUUGAGUUUUGUGUUCAUAUUGGACGAAAUGACAUCCUUUUCGACACAGUCUUUUCUAAGUUUGUUGCGGCAAAAAGUGGAGGUAUGUUUCUGGAGGUGCUAGAGCCCUAUAUAUUGAAGGAUAUGCUUGGCUCUUUGCCACCUGAGAUUAUGCAAGCACUAGUAGAGCAUUAUAGUAGCAAAGGAUGGUUGCAGCGAGUUGAACAAUGCAUUCUUCAUAUGGAUAUUUCUUCAUUGGAUUUUAAUCAGGUAGUCCGACUGUGUCGUGAACAUGGGUUGUAUGGUGCACUAAUUUAUUUGUUCAACCAAGGUCUGAAAGAUUUCCGCACACCUCUAGAGGAGCUUUUAUCUGUCAUUCAGAACGCUAGUAGAAAAGAAGGUGCUUCUACUUGCUACAGGAUGCUUGUUUACCUGAAGUAUUGCUUUCAGGGCUUAGCAUUUCCUCCAGGGCACGGGACAAUUCCCCAAUCCCGCCUUCAUUCAGUACGAGAAGAACUAUUGCAAUUUUUGCUUGAGGAGUCUAAGACUUCCAGUACUGAUGUAUACAAGAGCUUCAAAUCCUCCAGUGAAAAAUGCCCAAACAUAUGCUAUCUACUAUGGAUGGAUACUGAAGCUGCUUUGGAAGUUCUCAAAUGUGCCUUUGCACAUGAGAGAUUUGAACCUAGAGACAACCCAUCUAGUACUCCUGAUGCACGUGUCUCAGAGGAUGGAGACAAUAUUAAUAUUGGAAGCCCUGACAGUGAAAAUAUUAUGUUACAAAAUGUGGUGGACACCAUUGUGGAUAUUGUUGGUUUGGAAAAUGAGGCUAUUCACUCAAUUGUUAUUGGAGCGGCUGAGUCAGAAAUUUGGCCUUCAGAGAAGGACUUUGGUUAUCUAAUCGAGUUUGUGUCUUUUUUUGUUUCCCACAAAAGGGCAAAAGCAUCUCAAAGAGUUGUUAGGCACAUCCUCAGAUAUCUUACUUCAUCCAAUAUCCUGUCAUCUGAUGAUAAGAAAACACCAACUCAAAAAGAAAAGGAAGUUCUUCAGCUCUUCGAUGCAGUUCCUCAAACUGAUUGGAAUUCUGAUUAUGUGUUGCAUAUUUGCUUAGACGCUCAUUUUCACCAGGCUUGUGGAUUGAUAUAUAUGACCAGAAAGCAAAAUUUGCCUGCUUUAGAAAGUUACAUGAAGGAUACACUGGAACCAUUCCAUGCUUUUAUCUUCAUUAACAAAAAGCUAUCCGAAUUGGCCGAUUAUGAAGCUUCGUCAUUUCGUUCCUCAGUAAUAUCUCAUUUUCCUGAGCUAGUCAAGCUAAGCAGGGAGUGCGCUUUUGUCUUGGUCAUUGAUCAUUUCCACGAUGAGAUCCAGAAAAUAUUAUCAGAGCUUCAUUCUGAUCACCACAGCCUCUUUCUUUUCUUGAAAACUGCGAUUGAAGUGCACUUGUCAGGAAAACUGAAUUUCAGUGAACUCAAUGCCAGAAAAAAUAGCACAGUUGAACUUCAAUACUCAUCCCGUGAACUUGAAUUUUAUAUACAGAGACUUUCAAAUCUUCCCAAGUUGUUGGACCGCAAUCCUGUUAUUAUGACUGAUGAGAUUGUUGAACUCUAUCUGGAGCUUCUAUGUCAGUACGAGCGAAGGUCUGUUUUGAAGUUUCUGGAGACUUUUGACAGUUACAGAUUGGAGCGGUGUUUGCAUCUUUGUUUAGAUUAUGGGGUUACAGAUGCUGCUGCAUUCUUGCAAGAGAGAGUUGGUGAUGUUGGGAGUGCACUGGCACUUAUUCUAGCAGGUCUUGAUGAGAAAAUCAACCUAUUUAUUUCUUCAGUGGAAAAUGCUUUCUCUGGGAUUGCAUCAAAAAGUAUAUCUGAGAUAGAGCAGCCAGACAUUGUUCUAAAAAUGAGUGAGGCUCAUCCUGUGCUUGAUGCAUUACGUGCUGCCAUCGGAUUGUGUCAAAGGAAUUCACAAAGAUUGAACCCAGAGGAGUCCCAGUCCCUUUGGUUCCAACUGCUUGACUCCUUCUCAGAGCCCCUGAAAAAAUUGUAUGGAAGCAAGGAUGUAAAUGGAAAAGGUGUCAGGUCUAAUGGGAGUGAAACAUCGAAUAGACAGCCAAAGGACAAAGGAUUCUCACGAAAAACAAGGAUUUCAGCUUAUCAGAGGUGCUUGAAUGCACUGCGGAGAGUAUUUUCGCAGUUUGUUGGAGAAAUAAUCGAGGCAAUGGCUGGACAUAUACCCUUACCAGCAAUCAUGGGAAAGCUAUUAUCUGACAACAGGAGUCAAGAGUUUGGUGAUUUUAAGCUCGUUAUACAUAGAAUGCUGUCUAUGUAUCUUUAUGAAAAAAGAAUACUGGAAACAGCCAAGUCAGUAAUUGAGGAUGAUUCAUUCUACACCUUGAGCUUACUAAAGAGAGGGGUUUGCCAUGGACUUGCUCCACAGACUUUUGUAUGUUGCAUAUGCAACUGCUCUCUUUCAAAAGAAAGUGCUGUUUCAGCAAUACGAGUAUUCAGUUGUGGACAUGCAACUCAUCUCCAAUGUGAGUCUGAACAAAGUAAGUCAUCCAAUAGGGAUUCCAAAGAUGGAUGCCCAAUUUGUCUUUCAACUAGUAAUACACAAGCCCAAAACAAAUCACCUAUAUCAGAGAAUGGGCUUGGGAAACAUUUUGGGGCUGAAAGCGAGGUAUCACAUGGCACCUAUCAUACUCAUGAAACAGAUCAUGUCGACAGAUCUCGUGGGCUUCAGCAGAUGUCACGGUAUGAAAUACUGAAUCAUCUUCAGAGGCCACAGAGUUUGCAUAUAGAAACUGUACCUCCAUUGAGGCUUUCACCACCAGCGAUAUAUCAUGAAAAGAUACAGAAGAGAACAACCACGAUGGGAGAAUCCAGCAAGCAUUCAGUUAGAACUGAAAAACCCCAGAGAAUAUGGCAAAUGAAGGAACCAAGAUCAAAAAGAUCAGGGAACCGAGUUCUGCCAAAGUCAAGCAUGUUGAGUUCUCAGAAUAAUCAAGUGCGAUAGUGUAAAUAUAAUAUGGUAUGAAUUUGACAAUUCUUAAAAUGAUUCGAACUGAUACAAACUGAUUUGGAUCGAGCCAUCAUGUUUCAACUUUCAACUGAUCAUUGAUUUGCCAGUGUGGUUGUGCUGCUCUUCCUUUGUACUCAAUUCUCAUCUUGGUGAUGCAUUAAGGCUGUUUGGAGUAGUGCAAUUCUUCUCCCACGGUACUUCUGUUGAAGCUGGGGAGAUGAAUACCAGAUCUCAAGGCAAAGGCGGGAGCGGAGAAGGGCAACUAGAUCAGGUGACCCUGAGAAGCUUUAACUUAGAACACAAAAAAACUAAUGCGAUAGAAAAUUUUUUGGGGGGCAAUUCAUCAUGAAGUAUUUCUGUACAGAGCGAACACGUGAUGACGCCAUCCUUACACUUAGCAUUACAUGACUUUCUUGCGUUUCGACUUUUCUUUUUGUGUAAAAUGUGAAGUACACAGGAACUCUGCGAUGUAUAGCAUAUGAGACAUUACAUGAUUUUGAUCAACUGAGCAAUGAUAUCAACACUGGUAGUACAUAUGCA